CUUAAGAGACGUUAACGUCCGCCUCUAGACAUCGAGUUUACUAUUGAGAAGCUCCACCACAAAAAAAGACAAAACGCGCCAUAGACACAAUGACGAUGAAGGCGGUCCGGCUGCACGAGUUUGGUGGUCCCGAGGUGCUGCGCUACGAAGACGCCCCGCGGCCCCAGCUCAAGCCCGGCGAGGUCCUCGUGCGCGUCCACGCCGUCGGCAUCAACCCACCUGACUGGUACCUGCGCGACGGCUUCAAGAGCCUUCCCGCCGACUGGAGGCCGCCCGUGCCGCUGCCCGCGAUCCCCGGGACCGACGUGUCGGGCGUCGUCGACUCGGUCGGUGCCGACGCGCAGGGCUUCUCGGCCGGCGACGAGGUGUUUGCCAUGGUCCGCUUUCCCAGCUUUGGCGAGAGCGCCGCGUAUGCCCAGUACGUGGCCGUGCCGGCGUCGGACCUGGCACUGAAGCCGGCCGGCCUCGACCACGUGCAUGCGGCAGCGGCGCCCAUGGCGGCUCUUACAGCGUGGCAAUUCCUCAUCGAGCGCGGACACGAGGAGCCAAACCCGCUCCAGCAGACGCUGCACAAUCCAGUGCCCAUUGGCGCGGGCACGACGGUGCUCGUCAAUGGCGCAGCGGGUGGCGUGGGCCACAUGGCGCUGCAGCUGGCCAAGUGGAAGGGCGCGCGCGUCAUUGCCGUCGCAUCGGGCGCCCACGAGACAUUCCUGCGCGGCCUCGGCGCCGACGAGUUCAUCGACUACACCAAGACACGCCCCGAGGAGGCCGUGCGCGACGUCGACCUCGUCCUCGACGCCGUCGGUGGGCCCAAGAGCGGGCGCUUCCUUCGCACGCUCAAGCGCGGCGGCGCCCUCUUCCCCGUCUUCAUCAGCCCCAUCGACGCGGAGGAGCUCGAAAGGCACGGCGUGACGGCGUCCAUCACCCAGGUCCGCUCUAGCGGCAAGCAGCUCGCCGAGCUCGGGCGCUUGCUCGAAGCGGGGACCAUUCGCGUAGCCGUCGACAGCACCUUUUCCCUGGCUGAUGCGAACAAGGCCCACGAGCGUGCGGGCCGCGGGCACAUCCAGGGCAAGAUUGUCCUUACCGUCGAUUGAGGGCGUGUAUAAAGAGGUUGCAGAGCUUCUUGUGAAGACACCGAUAGUGUAGAAUAGCUGCCCAGGGCAAGUAAAGUAUGUGCAAAUGUAUUCGAGAAUCACACUACAGGGUGGGAUGGCGGCGUCCAGGCUGGCAAGCGGAACCACCCAUCUGACAUAAACCUAGUUUUGAUC